UAAGUAUAUCAUAAUAAUGACUUAGCAUCUCAUAAUAUUUGACUUAGCAUCUCAUUAUUAUGACUUAGUAUCUCAUAUUAAUAACUUAGCAUCGCAUAAUUGUGACUCAGUAUCUCAUUAUGACUUAGUAUCUCAUAAUUAUAACUUGGGUUAUUUUUUUCCAUUUGGCAGAAACGGGCUUCCAUACCCACUCACGUGACGUCAUAGUGUUAUGUCAACAAGCUACCGUCAGCUACGCCUACGGGCUAGUUGCUGUUGACCAUUGCUAGGUUGUUUUUGAACACAAACAAGCGAUGACACCUACAAUAAUCUAUUCGCGAAUAACAUUUUUAUCCUGUAGUAAAAGGGUUCCAUGUUGAAAUUAAAGAAUCUCGUCGUACCGACGUGUCGAAGCUUUGUGUGACUAUGGAUGCGACCUGCAGUGUUUCUGCAGCUCCAGCUGGUUUGACAAUCCAGGUGUGUUUCCCUGGUGUUCGGGCGGCUGUUCUGGACAAUCUGAACCGACAGCGGGAGGAGGGCAGGCUGUGUGACCUUUCUAUCCAGGUGCAAGGUCAGGUGUUCAGGGCCCACCGUUGUGUCCUCGCUGCGUCCUCACCAUACUUCCACGACCAGGUGUUACUGAAGAAUGUCACAACAGUCUCCCUUCCCUCCGUUAUGGACCCGGUAGCUUUCGAGAGUGUCCUGAGUUCUGCCUACACGGGCCAGCUGAGCAUCGUGCAUGAUGACAUUGUCAACUACGUAACUGUGGCUAGUUUCCUCCAGAUGUGGCACAUUGUCGACAAAUGCACUGAAAUCCUGAAAAGGCCCCGAGCUUUAGUAGAAGUCCCCCCCGGAGAGGCAGCCGCAGCUCACCAGGGAACCACAUCUCGACAACAAUCUCCGAGCAGCACUGACUGCUUGAACCUGGAAAGAGAGGGGAGGAGGAGGGAGAAGAAGCCUGAUGCCCUGCCCCCUUUGGCGACAUGGAGGCGCCCACAGCAGUUCCCCAGAUGGGGGCGUCCGCGGCCCUCAUCAGCCCAGCACUUAGCGGACACUCAACUCGACACGCUGCCCAGUUAUACAGAGAGUGAUUACACCAGCUGUGAGGAGACGUGGAUAUCAAGCCAUGCAAAAACCAGCCAUUUUACACAUGAUGGAGCUGCACACAAUAGCCGCCACCACGGGGGGUUCCCUAGUGGUGAGACAUUAAAGCAGAAAGUCAGGUUUCAACAGCGGGGAGCACUGCUGAGCACUGAGAGACCGCUGGAUAAGAACAGGGUGAGUGAGGACAGUGAUGAAACCCAAGAGAAGAGAAAAAUGGAGAAGAGAGAAAUUGAAGCAGAUGAAGGUGUCGGAGAAGAGGUGGUGGAGAAGGAAGGCUUCACACAAAUGGGACACUGUGCCCCUCAACAAGUUUCUAGUGAAAACACAGAAGCCACAGGAAAGACCAGUGCGGACACGAUGAAGGACAAAGUGCAGAGAGAUCAGGUGGGAGGUGAUCACUCUUCCAACGUGCCUGACGCUCAUGUUUACCAAACAGGUGAAGGAGAUCUGUGUCCGUCCUGUCCAGAUUCAGCUCGGCAGCAGUGGCAGUCAGGUUCCUGGUCUCAGCCGGAGCACAGGCCGCAAGAAGGAGAGGGCAGGAGCUGCAGUAAAGACCAGGAUGAAGACGAGGAGGAAGAGGACGUGAGCUUUGAAUGUUUCGGCGAAGGGACCUUCAGCAGAGACACGUAUGACGAGAUUGAGGACGGCACCGGGCAGGUUUCCCAGAGGCCCCUAGUGUCGGCGUCUCCAGACUUUGCCAUGGCGAGUUCAGAGACGCACUGGCCGUCCACAAGCACGGGACAAAGCAGCUCGAUGACCCCCACCUCCAGUCGCCACUUGUCCCCAUCCUCUGCUGCUUUUCCACCCCCUUCCUCGCCCCCAACCCCAUCUUCAUCCUCCUCAGUCUCCCUCGCUGGCGCCCCAUACACAGGAAAAGUCCACUUCUGCCACUGCGGCAAGGCCUACACGCUGAAGAGCAUGCGCGACCGACACGUGAAGAUGCAGCACCUGAACCUGCGACCUUUUGGCUGCCCCGUCUGCACAAAAUCCUUCAAGAUGAAGCACCAUCUCACCAAGCACCUUAAAACCCACGGCGGGCUGCGGCCCUACGAGUGCAGCCUGUGUGGGAAGAAAGUAAUCUGGAGAGACAGUUUCCUCAGGCAUCAAGCUCGAUGCGAAAGACUCGCCUCCAGCUCGUCCGCGAACAGCAACAGCACGAGCACAGCCGCAGCGGACCUGGACGACAGCUACAGUUACGGCUUUGACGAGGGGGAAGCGUUCCUCGUUCCGGCGGGACAGGUGAAAGUGGAGCAGGUGGAUUUUCAGGACGGGAUCGGACUGCUGGACAGCGUGUCUGGGAUCGUGGACGAGCUCAGAACGCAGUCGCAAAGUCUGAACACUGGCGGCCAUGUUUUUAAACAAGAGGCCAGUGAGAGUUUUAGUGGUAAUUAAAUCUUAAAGGGAUAGUUCAGGUUUUUUUGUUGUGGUUUGGUUAUGGCUUGAGCCCUGCUUGAGAACCAACAUGAGACAGGCAUGGUUUCUCUCACUAUGAAACACAGCUGUCAACAGGGACACAAGGAAAGACAGAUUUUAGACUGACUCACUCACUCACUCACUCACUCACUUACUUACUCACUCACUCAUUCACUCACUUUCUUACUAUGUUACUUUGUUGUCUGUCCUAAAAAGUAGAAAGGCUCAAGAAAACAUUCACACAUUAAGGGCUGCAACUAACGAUUAAUCCAUAAGUUGUUCAAAAAUAUCGAUAAUUGUCUCCCAAACCUUGAAAUAAUGAUGUUUUUGUUUUGUCUACAAACCAUAAUUAUUCCGUUUAAAUGAUCUUGUUGUUAUAUGGAGCAAGGAAACAAGAAAAUAGAAACAGCUAAACAGAAACAAAAUAGUUGUCGAGUAAUUUAUUAUUUGAUUAAUAAUCAACAUUAAAACAAAUUUAAAAAUGUGUCUUUCAGCCACUUAUUAUCAGGGUCACCUAACAAAAUUAAAGCUUGCUUAAAUCUACGCUAUCUAAAGAAUGUGUGUGCUGCCUUGUCUUGUCAUUAGUCAACUUCUCUUGUCAAGUUUUUUGUCAAAAAAGGUCCAUCGAGAAAAUCAAGUUUUUGUGACUUAGGUAAAACUGAAUGAAGGAUUUCAAACACCUAAUUCACAAAAUAACACAUUUGUACUAAGUGGUGGAUCAACAACUCUUGAUUUAAAAAAGCGUCACAACCUCAGUUUCAAAAGGUUUGUCAAACGGCAAAAAAAAAAGUAUCGUAGACAUGGACUUUUGUAGGUGAGCCAUUUGUUAAGUGUCUUAGAAAUGUGUUUCAGUUUGUGUCCCUGCUCAUGAUGUGUAAAUAUCUUCAUACAACCACAUUUCACAAAACCCCAACUAUCCCUUUAAUGUGAAACAUGUUAAUGGCACUUGAGGUGUAUGUAGAUAAAUACAUACGAGGAUGACACUUUGAAAGUCCAGGGACACAAAUCAUGGACGUUUUCUUUGAGAAGUCGCUUUGGUUUGAUCUUUUUUUUAAUGUGCAUUCCUUGUUGUAGGUAUUUUAUAUUAAAUAAAAUGAAAAAGAAUGAUUAUGUGCUUCAUUGAAGUGACCCUUUAUCAUCGACGCAGUGUCGUUUUGACUCAGUAUUUGUUUAGUGACGAUGUAAACUGUACAUCUGUAACAAGCAAAGCUGUGAAUGUACCUAGUUAUGUCAAUUUGCAUUUUGCACAUGUGUUUUGGUUUUUUUUUGCCACUGACUUGCAUUGGGAAAUAAAAAGGAGGUUGUAAAAAAUGUCUUCUGUGCAAUAAUGAUUUCUCCUGACAUUAUGUAAAAGAAAGAAAGACGUUUUUGUAUACUGUAUGGUAAUAAAAACAGAUUGGAUGUUUAA